AUGUGGUAUGAUAAUGAAAGGGUUCCAGAAGAAGAGGGAGUUAGUAAGUUACUGAUUGGAAAAACACUUGCGUAUUUUCCAAAGUACGCAGAAGAUGAAGAUUGUCAUAUGUUGAAGAAAAAGGAAGAUGAAGAAGAAUUAAAUCUCAGUUACAAGGAAGGGAAAGGAAAUUAUGAAAGGGUAAAACCAAAGGGUGAUAAUGACAAUGGGGGAAUUGAAGAGAACAUGGAUACAAUAGAAAAAAAAAUGAACAGUUCAGGUAACACUGACAAUUUGGAUACAAUAGAAGAUAUGGAGAAUGGAAACUCUGGGUGUUAUCAGAUUAACGAGACGAUCCAGGACGAUAUAGAAAUUAUGGAAGGGGUGGAUAGUGUCAUUUUCAACGAAAAGGAAUAUAUACUUGUUGAACAGAGAUUAGGAAGAACAAUUAUACCAUUAAAUCCAGAGUUAUUAUCCCAAUCCACAUUAGAACAAGAUAUUAUAGAUGGAUAUCUAAGUGAAAUACAUAAAAAUGUACAUAAGUAUUCUAUUCUUACUGAAUAUUCAUUUCUAGUGAAUGAAAUUCCAAGGGGAUUUUAUUGCCUCCCACAACAUGAUAAUUUAUUAAUUUGGGAUGUGUUUAUCAUUUUAUACAGUACUGUUUAUAAAAAUGGAAAAUUUAAGGUCCAAAUAAAAUUAGGGGAAAAUCACCCACAUUCAAUUCCAGAAGUAUUUUUCCUAUCCCCCGUCUUUCAUCCUUUAAUAAAUCCAAAAACUGGGAAAUUAAAUUUAGGAAACAUUUUAAACCAGUGGACACCAAGUUGUCAUUAUAUGUCUUUAAUUUUUUUAUACAUAAAAAAUAUUUUCUAUUUACAAGAUGAGUACACGAAAGAUAUAAUUGAAAAUGAUCAAGCACACUUCCUGCUCAACAGUGAUAAAGAGUUGUUUCUACACAAGGUACAUGAGUGUAUUGAACAAUCCAAUUAUUCCAUUUACCAACAGGUAAAUAACUGCAUGUUUAACUUUGAUACCCACUUGGCUAGUCAGGAAAUUACUGAUAUGCUCCAUAAGGUAAAAAAAGAUCCAUUAUGCCAUAAAAAAGCAGAGGCAUUCAUACACUGGUUAAUAAACGAUUACUCAAGUGGGGGGGGUGUCUCGUGA